AAAUGUUUGAGUUCUGCCAUAAUAUUACUUCACGCAGGCCUCUUGCUCCUGCGUGCACACGGAGGUAUAAUGGGAAUCAAAUAAAAAUGAAAUGCUGCAAAGCUUCACUUAGGAUACUUUUGUUUCUAUUGAACAUCUAUCUGUGUAUGGGGGAAGCAGGGAGCACGCUGUGCCAGGCAGAAGCCCACUCGCAGGCGGCCCCUGGCUCCUGCGGCGGGUCCAGCGCCUCCCGCAGCAUCACGCUGCAGAGCACCCCUCGCCGCCGUCGGCCUGGCGCCUGGAAGAAGGGCAGGCGUGGGCGCCGCAGGGGUGGGGCGGACCUGAGCGGCGACUCUGGGUGGCAGUUCCCGCGUGGGUGGCUGUGGCGGUGGCGACAGUUCGGGACACGGCACAGCACGCGAUGGACUCUCAGGACUGCGAGGCGGACGCGGCUCCUGGGCCCCCAGCCUGCGACUAUGUGGCCACCUGGUGGAACAUGGUCCUGCGGAACCUGAGAUCUCUUCCACACUCCUGUUCAACACUCAGAGGAAAAAUUGCUGCUCUGUACAACAGCUUUACUAGUAAACCAUUAAAAGAACACAUUUUCCCUCCUCUGAUGGACAUGCUGAUUUAUUUUGAUUUUUACAAAGCUCCAUUUCUUGUGGAUUUAAAGAAACCAGAGUCAAAGAUUCCUCACACGGUGAACUUCUACAUAAGGGUUGAACCCCGAGUGAUGCUGGGAAUCUGGCACACAGUCCCCAGCUGUCGGGGAGAAGACGCCAAGGGGAAGGACUGUUGCUGGUAUGAAGCAGCCCUUCACGAUGGGAACCCGAUUAUUGUUUAUCUUCAUGGCAGUGCGGAACAUAGGUCAUUUUGCAGACUCUUUGUUACCCAGGUGCUGAGUGAUGGUGGCUUUCAUGUUCUAUCUGUUGACUAUAGAGGGUUUGGGGACUCAACGGGAAAGCCCACAGAGGAGGGACUGACUGCGGAUGCUAUUUGUGUCUAUGAGUGGACCAAGGCAAGAUGUGGUGCCACUCCUGUGUGUCUCUGGGGCCACUCUCUGGGCACAGGAGUUGCAACAAAUGCUGCAAAAGUGUUAGAAGAGAAAGGAUGCCCGGUUGAUGCCAUUGUCUUGGAAGCUCCUUUUACCAACAUGUGGGAUGCAAGUAUCAACUAUCCCUUGUUAAAGAUUUACCAGAAGCUGCCAGGAUGUGUACAGGUGCUUAUGGAUGCCCUGAGAAAAGACAGGAUAGUCUUCCCCAGUGAUGAAAAUGUUAAAUUCCUGUCUUCUCCCCUGCUCAUCUUACAUGGAGAGGAUGACAGGACUGUACCUUUGGAGUGUGGAAAAAAGCUCUAUGAAAUUGCACAUGAUGCCUACAGGCACAAAGAGAGGGUCAAGAUGGUUAUCUUUCCUCCUGGUUUCCAUCACAAUUUCCUUUAUAAAAGUCCCAUACUAUUAAAAACCGUGAGAGAUUUCCUGAGUGAGCAGUGGGCAUGAGGUCAUGCGAGCAGCAGCAAUCUUCACUGAAGACUUGGUCCAAAUACUACCUAUAAGGUGUAUUUUCCUUAUGCAACAUUCUACUGGGAUGCUUGAACGAGCUGAAACCACGGACACUUCCCCAAGACACGUGUCAUCUAAACAAGGAGAAUGUAUGGGUGGCCUGGAAUGUUCUCAUUUAGCUCAUCAUAGUCUACUUUGAAACAUGCCGAAACCUCAUCACUGUGGAGAAUCAGAAUUUGGUAAAAUUUGUAUCUCAUCUAAAAAUGUAUAGUCAUCAGACUGGGGACAUUUGCUAUGGUGGGAACAUCUGCACCUGCCCCCAAAUUCAUAUGUCGAAGGUUAUGAUGUUGGGGAGGUGACUGGAUCAUGAGGGUUCAGUCAUGAACAGGAUUACUGUCCUUAUGAAAUAGGCCCAAAGAGCUCUGUACCUCUUCCACUGGGAGGACACAACAAGAAGACCACACCCAUGAACAGAAAGUGGUCCCCACUAGACACUGAAUCUGCUAGCCCCUUGAUUUUGGACUUCUAAUUGCCAGAACUAUGAGAAAUAAAUUUCUAUUGUUUAUAAGUUA